AGAAGGGAGGCCGAGGAUGCGUUUGACAUGCCAGACGAACAGUUUCGGCGUCACUUUCGCCUUAGUAAAGUAACAGUGUGGUGGUUGUGCGACGAAGUCGCCGAUGAACUGAGGGGCUCGCGGCCAACUGCGCUCUCGGUGGAGCGGAAAGUAUUGUGCGCCCUGCGUUUCUUCGCCACCGGGUCCUUCCAAUCGUCGGUGGAAAGCGAGGAGACCGUAGCGGUGACGCAGCCCGCGGUCAGCAGGUGUGUCCGACGUGUGGCUCAGGCUACCGUCAACGCCGGGACCCGCAACAAGUGGGUUCACUUCCCGAGGACGCCGGAGGAGAAGGCGGCCGUGAAGGAGGGAUUCCUUCGCCUUGGACCUCUACCUGGCGUCAUCGGAUGCGUUGAUGGUAGCUUCGUCGCCAUCGUCGCACCGAGGGGCGAGCAGAAGGCGUCUUUCUGGUGCCGCAAAGGGUAUUUCGCCCUGAACGUCAUGUUCGUCUGUGACGCUGACAUGCGGAUCCUCGCCGUCGACCCGCUGCGACCAGGGUCGGACUACGACAGCCACAUCUGGGGCACGUCGUGGGUCCGCGAACGUUUCGAGGAGGGCCGCGUUGACACGACUGGCGAGUACCUUCUCGGGGACGGCGCCUACCCCCUCGAGCCUUGGCUUAUGGUCCCGGUGCAAGGUCGUCCUCACAGGGAUAGUGCAGAAGGCAAGUACAACUCUGCACAUGCAUCAAUGCGUUCCAUAGUGGAGCGUUGUAUUGGGCUACUGAAGAGCCGCUUUCGCUGCCUUCAGCGGUACCGUACCCUCCACUACUCACCGGAACGUUCUUCCAUCAUUGUUGCUGCAUGUGCAGUGUUGCACAACCUUUGUAUUGAAGAAGGUGACAUAGGUGUUGACGAUUUCAGCGAUGACAGUGGCGACGAGAGCAGCGAGCACGGCAGCUCUAUCGAUGAUGACCCCCAACCUCGGUUUAGACGGGGGAGGUCAUCACACUUUAUGUACUUGCGUGGACAAGCUGUCCGCAACGGCCUUAUCGGCUUGUUUGGCAGGACAAGGCAGCAACACCUGCAGUAUUUAAGAAGGGUGCGCAGGCGACUGCGCCGCUUGCAGCGAUGACUGCGGUGUUAAAAUAUUUGUG